AUGACGACGAAGAAUAUCAAGGCCCUUUUGAAUAAAAUCAACAAGCCUGCUGUAAAAACUAUUCAGAGUCCUGAUGGCGAUAUCAUAGACUGCGUACCGUUCCAUUUACAGCCAGCUUUCGAUCAUCCUUUGUUAAAAGGACUGAAAACAAUCACGAAACUACCCAAAGCACAAUCGAGCAACAACACUUUUGUCGAAAAUUUCCAAGUUUGGACAAUGUCAGGUGAACGUUGCCCGGACAACACAGUUCCAAUCAGAAGAACAACCACACGAGAUAUUCUAAAAGCAAAAUCUGUAGAAACGUAUGGACGCAAAAUAGUUAGAAACAAUGCAGAUGACGACGAUGCAGUCCAUGAGCAUGCGGUUGUCUCUGCAAACGGGACAUUUCUUGGAGCAAAAGCAACCAUAAAUGUGUGGUAUCCACACGUUGCAGAGUCUGGUGAAUUCAGCUUAGCACAAAUAUGGGUUUUGUCAGGAAGUUUGGACAGUGACCUAAACUCCAUGGAAGCUGGUUGGCAGGUUCUUUAUGGUGACAAGUAUCCUAAAUUCUUCAUCUAUUGGACUGCUGAUGCUUAUCAGGGGACAGGUUGUUAUAAUUUGGAGUGCUCAGGCUUUGUUCAAACCAGCCAAAACAUCGUACCUGGAGCUGCAAUUCGGCAUUAUUCAACUUAUAAUGGCCCACAAUAUAAUAUUACUUUAUCUAUUGAAAAGAGUCCUAAAGAUGGGCAUUGGUGGCUAAAAUAUAAUGAGGAUGAAGUUGGUUAUUGGCCAAAAGAAAUAUUUACAAAUGAACUCAAAGAUCAUGCAACCACCGUGGAUUUUGGGGGUGAAAUUGUAGAUAGCAGAAGUUCGAGGGCCCACACAACAACACAAAUGGGGAGUGGCCAUUUUCCAAACGAAGGCUAUGGGAAAGCAGCUUAUAUACGAAACAUAGAAGUGCUUGAUGAAAAUUACGAAAUAGCCCCCGCAACAGAACUCGAAUUAUACCCUCCUGAGAACCCGAAGUGUUAUUGGGCAGGAACUGUAUCGCACAGUGAAACUUGGGGUAAUUACAUGUUUUUCGGAGGGCCUGGUAGAAAUGACAAUUGUCCUUGA